CCGCAGUCUGCUCCUUUCCUAGUGGCUAUAUCCAGGCCUUCGUCAAAAGGAAGGGAGGUGCUCCAAGAGACUUCCUCAAAAGUUUCCUAGACUUGUGUGUGUGUGUAACUUUUCCCAUGAGUGUUGUAGAGGAGCUGGUGGCUGCUAUCAAGAGCUCAAACAUGCCAAUGAAUGUGAGAUUUGAAGAUAACAAAUGUCAGAGUGGUUACAACGGAUUAUAAUCUCGGACACAUCUGGGUAGGACAACUCAAGUGACAUCUUAAAAUGGAAUACUGACUUUCUAAGGUUUUUGUUCUAUAGGCUCCAGUGCUCCACCACAAUGAGAGACCGCUUAAAAGAAUUACUCGAGAGGACUCAGGAGUUUCCGGAUGGGGGAAGUCUGAGUUCCAACCCCCAGUCUGAGGAUGAGUUUGACACUGGCAAGUCUGUGGUUGUCGGUGUCAUAACACCAGAGGCUGUCCUGUUUGAGGAGGAGCCAGUCAUCGACAAUUUCCUGUCGGAGGUUCAGCAAAUCCGAAAUGAUAUUGUUACACUGGAGACUGAGGUCCUUAAAUUCAGCCAACAGCAGAAGAUGUUGGUUGCAACUAUGCGGCGUUUUAGUAUCAUGAAAAAGGAGAGCAGCAUAACAAGGGACAUCAAGCUUCAAGCUGAGAGCAUCCACCGACGUCUGGACAAGCUUUCCAAACAAGUGCAAAAAACAGAAGAGCAGCAGGGUCCUGCUGCUGUUACAACGAGAAUACAACGUUCCCAGCAUGCAGCCAUUUAUCUCAAAUUCCAGCAGGUAAUGCGGCAGUAUAAUGAAGGACUGUUGACCAAGCAGGAGCGCUGUAAGCACUUCAUUAUCCGGCAGCUGGAAGUCUCGGGAAGGGAUAUGACCGAAGCGGAGGUGAACGAGAUGGUCGCCACCGGAAAAUGGGAAGUCUUCAAUGAGAACCUGUUAAAUGAUGUCAGAAUCACUCGGUCCCAACUAUCUGAGAUUGAACAGCGGCACAAGGAGUUGUUGAGCCUUGAAAGCAAUAUGAAUGAGCUGAGGGACCUCUUCAUGGACAUUUUCAUGCUCGUGGAGGAACAGGGGACCCGCAUUGAGCACAUACAGACCAAUGUCGAGAGGACCCAGGAUUACGUGGCAGCCUCUAAUGAGAAGUUCAAGUUGGCCGCCCGGUACAAAAAAAAGAACCCUCUUCGUCAGAUUUGCUGCUGCUGUUGCCCUCCCUGGAAAUGCUGCUUUUAAAGUUCUAUGAAUUGGAAUCCGGCAUCUUGUAUUUAAAGUGGCUCCCUUACCUGUUAGGAGUAAACAACAUUGGAAUCGAGUGCCAUUAAAGUGAAGGUUAUGGUA